AUGAAAAGACAAUAUGUCCCAGCUGAUUCUAUACCUAAAUAUAUCUUCACACUCCUACAAGCAUAUGAGGAAAUUAAGUAUUAUGAUAAAGAACAACAACAAAUGGAGAAAAAACAGAAACAGGCAGGAAAUACAAUGGAGAAAUAUGAAGACAAUGUAACAGAAGAUAGUGUAAUAUAUGGAACAGAUAGAUCGAUUGCAUUCCAGUACGAAAUGUCCUGUUUCGAUGAAAGAUUGACAGAUUCUGAAAUAAAUAAAAUAUUAGAAGAACUUGAAGAAGAACAUCAUAAAUGGGAAUUACUUUCUUUAUACUGGCAAUCAUACAGAAAUGAAAGAAGUAAAUAUCUUGCACUUAAAAAAUCUUUGCAAGAAAAAUUUUUAGAAUUGCAAAAAAAACAAACUAUUGCAACUCUCGAAAUAUAUAACAAGAAAUGGAAUAAAUGUGAACAGAUAGUUAGUAAUAAUUUGACAGAACAAAACGAACAUGUUAAUAGUGUAUUUCGUACCAUGCUUGCAAAGGAAAAAUUGAGCAAACAUGAAUUUGAGAAGAUUUUAUAUGAUUUCAGACAAUCAUGGAAAGAAGUCACCACUAACACAGCAGACGAAUGUAUAGCCCUUAUGGAAGAACCCAUUUACUUAGAAGUCAUAUACGUCCAGAAUGACCCCCGUAAAAUAGGCAUGAGGAUUCCAGGUUUCAAGGUUCCUGUUGCACCGUAUCAGCCCAGGGGGAAUUUUGAUUCCAAAGUUGGAGCAGACACAUUAUUAUGGUCCUCACAUAAUGCGACACAAGUUGAAAACACUAAAAAAAAACUCAAAGGAACUGCAGUGAACAGAACCUGGUCGGGGGCAAAGUCUGUGAAAUCAGAUUCUAAGGUUGGAUCAGGAGGGUCGUUGCCACCAUCCCUACAAAAUAAGGCACAAAGUGAAAAGAAUCAAAAGGAUCCUAAAGGUAAUGCGAUGAAGAGUGGAACGAAUAAACAAACACCAGAGCAAAAUAAAGCACCCGCAACUCCUAGUGGAGGUUCCCUUAAAGAACCUGCGCCGGGCACAGAUUCCGGAAAAUCGAAGCCCAAAGAUGGAUCAAACGGGUUACAAGUGGCAUCACAGAAUGGAGCACAAAUUAAACAAACAAAUAAAGUGUGGAUCCCCGCUACAUUGAUCGUCCUUGGUUUCUAUAUAGCAGCAUUGUGUUUUAACCCGACUAACAAUGCUGGAGAGAUGAUUUUGCCAUCGGUCCUUGGAGUCACGGGGAGCAUAGGACUCAUGCUCGUGAUCAUGUUAAUUCGUUUCUACCUCCGCAAAGGCCGAUCGCACUUGCCGAAAAAAGCCCUGAAGGAUACAAUUUCAGCAAAGGAAGAUCAGAAACCAGAUGUAUCCAAGAAACCGGAAGCACCUGAGAAGCAGGAAGCAUCUGGGAAAUUAGAUGCACCUAAUAAACCGGAAGUAUCGGGAAAAAUGGAAGAACAUAAGAAACCAGAAGUGCCAAAGAAACCGGAAGCACCGAGGAAACUGAAACUACCGUGGUCACAGAAAUUACCUAAAAAACCAUAA